AUGCCUUUGAAUUCAGUCAACGAUCGCGAUGGUUCCUCUCGUAUUAUUUUGACCGACCCAGCCGGAUCUUCUGCCGAGGUGCUUCUAUAUGGAGGACAGGUGGUUUCUUGGAGAAAUGAAAGGAGAGAGCAGUUGCUUUUUAUGAGCAGCAAGGCGCUAUUGAAGCCACCAAAGGCGAUCAGAGGAGGCUUACCUGUUUGUUUUCCACAGUUUGGGAAUUUUGGUGCACUAGAGCGACAUGGAUUUGCACGGAACAGAUUAUGGUCAUUUGAUAAGGAUCCUUCGCCUCUGCCUCCAGCUAACCAGCAAUCAACCGUCGAUUUAAUACUGAAGUCUACUGAAGAUGAUUUGAAGACAUGGCCUCAUAGCUUCGAACUUCGUCUUCGCAUAACUAUCAGUCCUGGCAAACUGACUAUAAUCCCGCGUGUGAGGAACACCGACCCCAAGGCCUUCUCCUUUAUGUUCUCACUUCGUAACUACUUAUAUGUAUCUGACAUAAGUGAAGUUCGGGUUGAAGGUUUGGAGACACUUGAUUAUCUGGACAACUUGAGGCGCAGAGAAAGAUUCACGGAGCAGGCAGAUGCAAUUACCUUCGACGGUGAGAUUGAUAGAGUGUACUUGAACGCACCAACAAAGAUUGCAAUCAUAGAUCACGAGAAGAAGAGAACGAUCGAGUUGCGAAAGGAAGGCAUGCCAAAUGCAGUUGUGUGGAACCCUUGGGACAAGAAGGCCAAGAGUAUUGGAGAUAUGGGAGAUGAGGACUACACAACGAUGCUGUGUGUAGACUCGGGUGCUAUAGAAGCCCCGAUUUUGUUGAAACCACGUGAAGAGUGGAAAGGCAGGCAAGAGCUCUCUAUAGUAUCAUCAAGCUACUGCAGCGGCCAGCUCGAUCCACGUAAGGUUCUUUACGGGGAUCACUGA